GCGGGAAACAAGAAAUUUACCUAAGCAUUUGGAAUAUGCCAUUUGCAGUUCAUUAUGCUUUGGUUUUGAUUUGUUGUUGCUACUAAAACCAUCUCCUUUAGCAGAUUAGCUCCUCCUUCAAUACUACAGCUUCAUCUUGCUUAGAUUUGUUGCUUUAACAAAAUUUUGGAGCUUUGUUGAGCUUUCCCAUAAGUUGCUUAGUUUUCUUCUUUUAAUCUACUAUUUCCUUAGGGUCAGAUCAGAUUCAGCUUUAUGGUGAACAUGACUUAAUGUAUGCUCUGAGUUUUCUUUCUUUCUCAGUCUGCACCGUUGACAGACAUUCUUUUUUCCUUUGGACUAUUGGCUGUAGAAUCCAUGAGCACCUUCUCUUUGUUGGUCCCUCAAGAUCAUAAAGGCUUUGAUACCAUGUUAGAUUUUUCGAUGGUAAGAAGAAAUGGUUUUGAGAGAGGACUUGGAGGAGAAGAAGAGAGAGACCUUGGAGUUACCUCGCUUGGUGAGGUCUAACCCAUUUUUUUUUUUUCAUUCAUCUUCGGACAUUCUAUAGCAGAACUUUCUUAAUACAUCAACAUCAAUUUUCUCAACUAAUCUUUACCUAAUACAAGAAAAUUUACCAACCAUUUAAUGCAAGAUUACAUUAAAAGAUUUGCUGCUAUUUGUGUGGCUCCAUGUGCUGUGCUUUGCUGCUACUUUGCAGCCUUUCAUUUGCAUUUCAUUUUGGCCUCAUUUCAUCAACAUUUGUAGCUUCGCUUGCUGCACUUUGCUGCUGCUCUUGGUGCAGCUUUUCCCUGCUUUUCAUUUGCUGCUCUCAGUGCAGCUUUGACAUCUUUUUGACAUCUUUUCAUUUUCUGCUCUUGGUGCAGCUUUGACACCACAACUCCAACAAUUUGUUUUAUCUUCCUCCCACUGGUUUAUUGAAUUAGUUCGGCCAUUAGCAUUAUCAAAAUUCAGAGGUUUAAUAUAAAAUUGCAAGAUCG